AUGGAGGCCGACUCGAAGACCCGAGCCGAUGUGGACUGUAUGAUGCUCGACUAUAUGGUCUGCAUCGCCAUCGACGCCCUGCUCUCGCAACCCCACCGACCGGAACAGGACGUGAACUGGCUGGUGGACUCGGUGCGAGCCUUGGAGUCGACCACCCUGACUCAACCAGACCCAGACCUGGCCAUCAAAUUACGACUCUUCUCCGUCGCAGACCUACAUCGCCGCUACAUCGCGGCAGCUCAGCGCGGCUCGCACGGAGACCUCCCCCUUCACUGGCCCGAAUCGGGACCGAAUUCAUGA